ACCUGUAGCAGAAGUAAAUAACUCUGCAUGGAAUUAAACCAUCAAAAACUCAACUUUGGUUCUCUAGUCACACCAGUGUUGUGAUGAAGAUCAGAUCACCAUGGCUGCAAUCUUUGGAGGGCAAGCAUGUUCUGAUAACAGGUGGAUCAAGUGGGAUUGGGCUUGCCAUUGCCAAAGAGGCUCUCUCUCAAGGAGCUUUCGUUACACUUGUAGCCAGAAGCUCCACUAAAUUGGAGAAAGCAGAACAAAAUCUUGUCAAAGAUGGUGCUACCAAACAUAAAAUAUUAACCAAGGUUGCAGAUGUGGGUGUGUAUGAAACUUUGGCAAAGGCAAUAAAGGAAGCUUUUGAAUGGAGGGCUGUUGAUGUGCUGGUUUGCAAUGCAGGUGCUGCAAAAACUGCACUUCUGGAUGAGGGCAGGAUUGAAGAUCUGCAUGCCAUCAUUCGGACUAACUUGACAGGGGUUGUCAAUACUUUGCAUGUUGGGAUUCCAUUGUUGAAGCAGAGGAGUGCCCAAACACUCAUGUCCAUUGUUCUAAUGAAUUCUCGGUCAGGAAUGUACGCUUUGUAUGGUAACUCUGUGUAUACUGCAACCAAACAUGCUCUAAAAGGACUUGGAGAAACUCUCAAGCUUGAAUUGAUGCCUUAUAACAUCCGCAUUAGCAUGGUGUUUCCAGGGUUUGUGGACACUCCCAUGCUUAAUUACAGCGGCUUGGAGGAUGACAAAGAUAUUUUGCAGAUGAUUAAGGACAUAAGUUUCUACAGCCGAAGUCGAAUAGAGACACCUGAGCAUGUUGCAAAAUAUACACUAGAAGAAACAAAGAAAGGAACGUUUCUCAUCACAAGCCAAUUUGGUGGUCUUGUAUUAUCAAUAUUCUCUCGUGGACCUAUGCCUGCAGAGUCAUUUGGAAGGGCUCUGAUAGAAUUGAUAUUAUGUAUUCCUUUUAGACUCUUUAGCUUCGUGGUUGCUUGUUAUGUGUACUAUGUUAUACAACAUAGAUAUAAUAAGAAAUGUUAGAAUGUUCUAUUUGAGAAGAUACCAAAAUUUAUGUAUUUUUUAAU